CUCUAUGCCAAGUAUAGAAUCCUGCCUCGCGACCCCCGGUGGUGCGGGGGCCUGCAGAAAACUUGGUCAAAGGGUUCGGUCACGUCUCUCUCUCUCUCUCUGCCUCGAAUACAACAAUAUAUAUGCGUACCUUUCUCCCACGCAUUUGAUUAGUUUCAGAGGACGCGUGUGUGUGUGACACAUGUGUGUGUUCAUGCGCGCGCUUGUGCGUAUUUGCGCGCGCACCUCUGUAUCCUGUGCGCCAGGCACUGUCCACAUCUGGUCUUGGCGGGGACGGGAGUUGCGGGGGAGGGGCUGAGCAUUUGUGUGUGUGAGUGUGUGUGUGCUCUGCGCCUGAACCCUGUGUUUUGUGGACGUCUGUAAUUUGCACCAGAUGACCAAUUGGGGGAUGGAGCAUUCUGGGGAGGUGAGCGUUCCUCACACAGCAUAACAUCGCAGCGCACAAAUGAACUUAGUAUAUGGACAACGCUGCAUAACCAUGGACCCAGACACUUCCUCACACUAAACUUUGUGCAGAGAAACUUCCUCUCCCCGUUUUUUGGAGCAACAAGUGGAUAAUGGAUAUAUCAGACACGAAAGUGAGAGUGGAGAGUCGGGGUAACUGCACGUAAACACAAAGGGGAAUGCUGCAUCAGAAGGUUGUUCCAACUGCUGUUUGGGAAUGGAUACCGGUAAUUUUGUGGCGGUCAUCUGCUUUCUCCUUUUUUCCUGUAAUGGGCUCCUUUCACCCUCACCCGCCAGCGGCUUCUGUCCCGAGCGCUGCGAUUGCCAGCACGCGCAGCACCUCCUCUGCACAAACCGAGGGCUUCGCGCGGUACCCAAGGUGCCCUCCUCGCGGGUCCCAGAGGACAUACUUGUCUUCAGCCUCGGGGGAAACUUCAUUGGUAACAUCUCUGCCUUCGACUUCACUCGGUAUGGAAAUCUUAUACGGUUGAACUUACAGUAUAAUCAAAUACAGACCAUUCACCCUAAAGCGUUUGAAAAACUCUCCAAAUUGGAGGAGCUGUAUUUGGGCAACAAUCUGAUAUCAACAAUACCCCCAGGAACUUUACAGUCACUGACAAAACUGACAACUUUGUAUGGCAAUAACAAUGACAUGAAGAAGAUCACUCCAGAGCUGUUUGGUAACUUAGAGAGCGUUGUGAGGCUGAGGUUGGAUGGGAACGCCAUAGAACUGUUACAGGACUCGGUGUUCAAGAGCUUGACUAAUCUGCAUUAUCUCCAUCUAGAAUCGAACCAGCUGAGCCACAUUCACAGAAAUGCCUUUUCCAAGCUCAUCAAAUUGCGCUUUCUCAACCUGGCGCAGAACAAACAGACGGCCGUGCGUAAUGUGUUUACGUUUUCCCAGCUCAGGUCACUGUCUACCUUGCUGCUCUCUGAAAAUAAAAUACAAUACGUCGGAAACCACGUCUUUCAAAAUCUGAAAAAGCUGUCUAAACUAUCCCUCAGCAAUAACAACAUCUCCCGGUUGGAGAGCGAGGCUUUGAAGGGGCUGUCAAGCGUGAGAGAGUUUCUGAUGGAUGGGAACGAGCUGGAAGAUAUUCCCGCGGGACUUCUUGACCCGCUGGAGCAAAUCGAGGAGCUGGACUUUAGUCGCAACCACAUUUCCAACGUGAACCCGAUGGCUUUUAAAAAACUAAAGCACCUGAGGGUUUUAAAACUCAAAGACAACCGGCUCACGAGCCUCUCCGGUCACAUAUUCGCCCUCAACAGCCGCCUUUACGAUUUGGAUCUCCAUGGCAACAACUGGACGUGUGACUGCCGCCUGAGCGAGCUAAAACAGUGGAUGACGUCGGCGCACUCUCAAGGGAAGCUGCUGACCGUUUUUGUGAAGUGUCAUCACCCAGCGACACUGAACGGGAAGUAUCUGGAUUAUGUCAACAGCUCCCAACUACAGACCCAAGGGAAUUGGAGCCAUUUGUGUGAGACCCAAAUUGGGCCUGAGGAGAGCAGAGGUGGGGGGGUCCUGGAGAAGGAGGUGGAGGAGAGGAUGAUGAGAGAGGGGGAGGUGAGGAAGGAUGUAGAAGAGCAGAGGGGAAUUGGAAGUAGAGCAGGAGUGGAGAUGAAGGCAAUAGAGGAAGAGAACAGGGGUAUAGAGGAAGAGGAGAUAAAGGAGGGAGAACAGGAGGUAGGUAUCCAUCAGGAACAGGGAGGGCCAGAGGAGCGGGACAAAUCCCUGUCGUUGGACAGGAAAAGGAGGAAGAAAAUAUCCGCCAGCCCCAGGUCGCGACCUUCUGCUGGGAAGCGUGAGAAAGGGAGGCGGGGUUCCGCUCUGGGCCGUGGCAUUCCUCAAACACAAGCCCCUUCACUCAUCAACCCCAUGGCCCCAACCACAACCGUGCUUCAGACACUUGACAGCCAAAAUAGCCAUGGAAACCGUCUCAGUGGACCAAUCACAGAGCUCACCACCUCAGAGGAGCGGUUUGACCUUCUCAGAGGCGGUCAGGAGUAUGGUCUACCUGUAAUGACAGACCCCUGUAUGUUCAAUCGUCACUUCCUCACCAACGUGACCGUUGACCAGGUCGCCUCCAGCACGGCCACAGUCCACUGGACCACACGCCACCACCUCCGAUUCACACCGGGAGCCGGACCGGGACUAGACGAGGUCCACUACCGCUUGCUGUUCGACCGGUUCGGGACAUCUGGCCGUUUCCCCCGCUAUGUGUUUGCCCGUGGCGGGGCGCGGUCUGUGAUGUUACGAGAACUCCGCCCAGAAGUCACCUACAUGGUGUGUGUGGAGGGGGUGGUGGGAGGGGCCGUGUGUCAGGUGGCGCCCAGGGACCACUGCGCUGGAUUGGUCACUCUCCCAGAGGAGUCUCGUCGCCAAGGGACACUGACCUCCGAUCUCCACCUGGUCACCAUUGCAACGCUGGCCGUCAACGCCAUCCUCCUGCUGGUGAUUGGUGGAGCCUGGCUAGGGCAGAGUUUGAGGCGGAAACUGAAAAGGAGGAAGUCGGCGGUGCAUGUGCGUCACAUGUACUCCACGCGGCGACCGUUCCGCGGCUCCAUGGCAACGACGGCGGCUGUGUCGACUGACUUUACCAGUUUCCAGAGCAGCCGGCCACCACGGCUCGGAACCCUGGAGGAAGGGGGAGACCUCAUUGAGUUCCCCUGCGACCGUUUCCUUGACAACAGCCCCACCCGUAGAGACAACAGCAACAUGCAGAGGUUUUGUGAUUAGUAGAACCCUAGAGACCUACACUCUUAGAAAAGACAGUGCUACCUAGAACUAAAAAGGGUUGACCUAUGGGGACAGCCAAAGAACCCCUUUGGAACCCUUUUUCUAAGAGUGUAGAACAUGAAUAAAAUUGCGCUGUGUGACCCAUAUAUACUAUUCAUGUUAUUGUGAGCCAUUAGAUAAUCCAACAGUGGAACCCUUAUCUAGAACCUGAGAACACCAAGACACCAUCACAAGGAAGGAACAUCCUCAGGAGAAUGUCUAAGGUGCUGCAGAGACAGAAACAGAAUUGGACUGGAAUUGAACCUGCACCGUAGGGCACUUCACCACAAUAGCAGGACCACAGCCAGGGUGUUAGGACCAGGGACGACCCCCCCCCCCCCAGCACACCAUCAUAUGCUGUAAACAAGUCCCUGCACCAAGAUGCAAUUGGAUGCGUCUUGGUGCAGAGAAAUCUCUCUCAUAAUAAAGCCAUAAUAACAUUUGUCAUGUGACAUAGGCUACAGUUGAGCAGAGACGUUUUUAGGAUUUCCACAAAUGGGGAUCAUCUGUUAGCAGGUCUCGAUAACUUUUUUGCCUUUUACAAAACGCAUUUCAUGCAAUUCUACGUCAUUUACAUGAUAAAAGACAUUAGCUGAAUAUUUUUUAAUACCACAAAUUACCUAAAUUAGUGGCUACUCUAACACUGACAAACUGAGAUCAAUCUGGUCUUGAAUUCAAACAAACAACAGUCCAGACCAAUGAAGCAACACACACAUUGUACAAUAUUAGGAGACAAUAUAUAUAUAUAUAUAUUAUAGGCUACUAAAUAACAUGUCCGGUGGCACACUGACCUAGUUAUGAAGAUGCAGCCAUAGGAUACUACUCAUGGGGAUGGCCGAUGCGUUCCUCUUGGCAACAGCUUAUCUCAACAUGAGCUACUUUGAAAAACACUGCUGCUGUUGCUGGUAGUUGUUCUAUUGGUUCAACAGAUAGACUAGUCUUCUCUUUUCAGUGGUAUGCAUUUGCUUUCCAAACUUUACAUUUUUCCUGCAAUUGUCUUUUGAAAUUUGCAAAAGUCAAACAGACAGCUACAACCAACCAUAGAAAUAUAAUCCAUAUAAAUUUACAUUCAAAUCAGGACUGGCAGCCAUUGCUAGUGUACCCAUCAGUUGAAUAGUCAAAUUGCCAGGGGAAGAGGUUCCAAAACUCUGUGGAUUAUAUGUCUAUGGCCACAAACGCAACAAGCUAUAUAUUUGGCGCGCAUGCUGGCCAAAUCGCUGCCUUCCCGACUGUAGGCAACCAGUAACUGCCAAAAUAAAGGAAAUAAUAUGUCAUGCUGUGGGGCGCAUUUUCCUGGCAUGGUUUAGAUCCACUUAUAGACUCUAUGCCAAGGAGCAUUGAAGCUGUUCUGGCAGCUCGUGGUGGCCAAACACCCUUUUAAGACACUAUGCUGGUGUUUCCUUUAUUUUGGUUGUGAUCAAAUUUAAUCCAGUUGUUUAAAAAAAACGAUUGAUCCUCUGUGGCUAAAUUAUGAUCUCUGGUGUAUUUUGAACAUCGAGAGCGGGCUCCUGUGGUUGACUAAAAUAAUAAUAAAAAAAUAAUAAUAAAAAAAGUAAUGUUAUUAUGUAAAAUUAAAUGAUUGCCUCUUGGGCGCUCUAAUUUGCCAGUCACAUUCAUUUAUUAUGCAGUUACCAAUCAAGGCAGGGCCCCCCAGUUACCCACAUGUGCCCCCCUACCUCUUCUCCUCCCCCCAUCUGACGAUUAGCAGAGCAGCAUCAGGCUGUCUACUCUCAUUGAGAGCGGGCUCCUGAAUCGUCCUGUAUUUUGUAUUUUUUAUUUAACUGGUUGGCGGUUGCAGUAACAAAUAUAUAUAUAUAUUUGACGUAUAUAACAUAUACUGUAUAUAUAAUAUAUGCAGCAUAUAAUUAUUUUAUUUAGUAUUUCUUUUUUUGGCUGCCUUUUGGGCCCCCCACGGCCCUGGGCCAAGGAGCUUCAACCCUGGUAAGCCCCUGCAUUAAUCUGGCCCUGAUAUGCAGGCCUGGUUGCAGGCCUGACCUUAGCAGAGCCACAGUUAGGGUGGUGUUAUGACCACAGCAGAACCACAGUUAGCGUGGUGUUACGACCACAGCAGAACCACAGUUAGGGUGGUGUUAUGACCACAGCAGAACCACAGUUAGCGUGGUGUUAUGACCACAGCAGAACCACAGUUAGGGUGGUGUUAUGACCACAGUUAGGGUGGUGUUAUGACCACAGCAGAACCACAGUUAGGGUGGUGUUAUGACCACAGUUAGGGUGGUGUUAUGACCACAGUUAGGGUGGUGUUAUGACCACAGUUAGCGUGGUGUUAUGACCACAGCAGAACCACAGUUAGGGUGGUGUUAUGACCACAGUUAGGGUGGUGUUAUGACCACAGUUAGGGUGGUGUUAUGACUACAGCAGAACCACAGUUAGGGUGGUGUUAUGACUACAGCAGAACCACAGUUAGGGUGGUGUUAUGACUACAGCAGAACCACAGUUAGGGUGGUGUUAUGACCACAGUUAGGGUGGUGUUAUGACCACAGUUAGGGUGGUGUUAUGACUACAGCAGAACCACAGUUAGGGUGGUGUUAUGACCACAGCAGAACCACAGUUAGGGUGGUGUUAUGACCACAGCAGAACCACAGUUAGGGUGGUGUUACGACCACAGUUAGGGUGGUGUUAUGACCACAGCAGAACCACAGUUAGCGUGGUGUUAUGACCACAGCAGUACCACAGUUAGGGUGGUGUUAUGACCACAGUUAGGGUGGUGUUAUGACCACAGUUAGGGUGGUGUUAUGACCACAGCAGAACCACAGUUAGGGUGGUGUUACGACCACAGCAGAACCACAGUUAGGGUGGUGUUAUGACCACAGCAGAACCACAGUUAGGGUGGUGUUAUGACCACAGCAGAACCACAGUUAGGGUGGUGUUAUGACCACAGCAGAACCACAGUUAGGGUGGUGUUAUGACCACAGUUAGGGUGGUGUUAUGACCACAGCAGAACCACAGUUAGGGCUGUGUUAUGACCACAGCAGAACCACAGUUAGGGUGGUGUUAUGACCACAGCAGAACCACAGUUAGGGUGGUGUUAUGACCAGGGUUGUCUUUGUGGGCGACCAAACAGCUGAGCUCAUCAGGGCUGAUUCAGACACUACAGGAAGUCAAUUCCACUGACUUCCUCGACUUCCUCUAAGCCUCAUGCAUUUCCUCUCCCAUUUCCUUGCACCUGUUCGUGUGUGUGUGUGUGUGUGUGUGUGUGUGUGUGUGUGUGUGUGUGUGUGUGUGUGUGUGUGUGUGUGUGUGUGUGUGUGUGUGUGUGUGUGUGUGUGUGUGAGAGAAAGAUAAUAUUAUCUGAUUUCAUCUGGUGCUAAUAUUAGAGUAAUAGACAUUCAUUUUUGUACAAUUGUGUAUAAAAUAUAAUUUGUAAUGUGCCUGAAAAAAAUAGCUGCUGGUUGGCAGAAAAAUACUUAGAAUGAUCAGUUUUAUAUGUUGUUUUUAUACUUUUGUACUCAAAUAUGUAUUGUGCUACAGGCAAGUAAGUAACAACAUCCCUGACAAUGUGACAGUUAGACCUAUGGUCCAUUUGUCUGUAUGAAAAUAAGAUGGAUACCUUUGUAAAUAAUGGUUGAAGUCCCUUGUGUGUUUGGUUCCAAUAUAAAUAAAUAAACAGGUAUCACAGUUGUGGUAUUUUUACAAAAAAGUCAGGAAGUUUAUCAAUCUUAUUUAAAAAAAAAAAUUAUAACAUUUUCAUUUUAUUUAUAUUUUACCAUUAUUUUACCAGUUAAGUUGCCUGAGAACACGUUCUCAUUUACAGCAACAACCUGGGGAAUAGUUACAAGGGAAAGGAGGGGGAUGAAUGAGCCAAUUGUGAGCUGGGGAUGAUUAGGUGCAUGAUGGUAAGAUGCCAUGGGAUCUUUAGUGACCACAGAGAAUCAGGACACCCGUUUAACGUCACAUCCGAAAGACGGCACCCUACACAGGGCAGUGUAUUGGGAUAUUUUUUGGGGACCUGAGGAAACACCACUUAUUGCUGUAUAUUCCUUCAUAGAGAACAAAUGUGUACACAUUUCAUCAUGUGUGUGUGUGAGAGAGAGAGAGAGCGAGAGAGAGAGACAGAGAGAGAGGGAGAGAGAGAGAGAGUGUGUGUUUCAAGACAAAAACAGUCUGGCAAUAGUUGGGUCUUUGUUUGUGUAGACUCUCAGGUCAGAUCAGUUUCACACCCCAAGUCUUUCAAUAGUGUGUUACCAUAACAACAGACAUAGACAGACACACAGACCAGAAAACACUGUCUGAUAUAUGAAACAGAAACUCUAUAUAAUUCCUAUUUGGUUAAGGCUGAUGGGUUUCUUUUUGUUAAACUCUAGUGGAUUGGGCGUGCCCCCUACUGACUCUAACUUACAUUGUCUUUCACUCAACCUGCUAAAACUAAGCUAUGGAUGGGGUAAAAUAACCCAGAUCUGUGAUUGCUGACCUUUGAUACUAUCAAAUUGAGUAUUGUUUAAUGGGGCGGCUCCAACUGUCUUCAGUUCCAGAACAGAUCACUAGGAGGCAGGCUAGACUGUUCGUCUGAUAGGCCCAUUGGAUCAAAUACAAAUUUCUCCUCAGAUCUACUGAUGGAGGAGGCAACCAGUAAAAGCACAAUAAGAUACCAAAGAAUAAGUGCUUUUAUUUUCAGUUUGUAGCAAUUGUCAAUAUCUGUAAAAAAAAACUAAAAACACAAUACAGAAAGAUACAUAGAUAGUGGUUAUAGGGCAAUGCACUGCGUGAGCCUAGUUCACAUGAUAAAUACCCUGUAGGAAACUAGUAAGUGCUUUUCAGGAGUUACACAAAGGGUCAGGGGUUAUCCUGGCCAGGUGACAUGGUCUAGGAAAAUUCUGGGUACCAAACAAUCAGGUACCAAACAUUAUACUCUGCAUUACAUCGUUACAAGGAGGCUCUGCAUUACAUCGUUACAAGGAGGCUCUGCAUUACAUCGUUACAAAGAGGCUCUGCAUUACAUCGUUACAAGGAGGCUCUGCAUUACAUCGUUACAAGGAGGCUCUGCAUUACAUCGUUACAAGGAGGCUCUGCAUUACAUCGUUACAAGGAGGCUCUGCAUUACAUCGUUACAAGGAGGCUCAG